GAAUACAGAUGAACUAUUCCGUGGCAUAUAAUUUUUCAUUGCCCAUACAUAGGUUUCACCCCUUCGUCCCCAUCAUCCGGGAUUCAUCCUUCGACCCCUCCCCCCCACGGUCCCUCCCCCUACCCACACCAACGCGCACACGGACCGGGAGUCGCAGCGGAAACCACAAAACCAGCGUGAAGGCGCCCGAACCACCGCGAGCCCCGCCCACCACUCCACGAAACCCAAACGCACCUCCGCAGCGAGGGAUAUCCCCCAUCACCCCCUACCAGUUUCAAUUUUCAAAAGGGCGUGGAGGCGCCGCACCACCGCCGCCGCCACCACUGACGAGGGAGGAAACGCCACCUCCCCGAGCCAGUCCGAUGUUGUCCGACCAGGAGCUGGCCCAGUACGUGGAGUCCCUCGUCCAGCACACCGCUGCGCAGGGUGGCACCGGGAUAUCGGCGGAUGCCGUGGUGCGCCAGCUCGGGGCGCAGCUCGGCGUUGACCUCUCCCCCAAGGCGCAGCUCAUCCGCAGCGUCCUCGUCGCGCUCCUCGGCCCCGCGGCCGCGCCGGCGCCGGACCCCACGGGUUCGCGUAAGGAUCCCUUCGACCCCGCAACCGCUGCCGCCGCCGGCGGGCCCCGCGCCGAGACUCCUCCACAGCAGAUGCACUUCUCUACCGCCGCCGCGUCGUCGGCCCCCGCCCCUUCUCCAGCCGUUCCCCACUUCUUCCCGCAGCAGCACCAGCACCAGAUGCAGUACUUCCUGUCCGCCCCGCAGCAGUAUCAGCACCAGCAGCAGCAGCAACGCGCCGGCGCGUCCCCUUCGCCGUUUGACAUCCCCGCGUCGUACCGCUACGGGCACCAGCCCUUGCCGCAGGCCGACCAGGCGCAGCUGCAGAGGCUCGUCCAGCUACAGCACCAGCAGCAGCAACUGGCCGCCGCGGCGAGAGUUGCAGCUGCAGCGGCACCGACUCCGGGGGAGAGUCCCCGUGCGCCGGAGCCGCCACCGGCGCCGGCGCCGGCAGCCUCCAAGAAGAACAGCAGUGCUAGUGUUGGAGCAAAACGAAAAGGUGGUCCUGGAGGGUUAAACAAAGUCUGUGGUGUGUCUCCAGAGCUGCAAGCUAUCGUUGGUGAACCAGCCAUGGCUAGAACUGAGAUUGUUAAGCAGCUUUGGGCAUACAUUCGCAGGAACAAUUUGCAGGAUCCUAACAAUAAGAGAAAGAUUAUAUGCAAUGAUGAGCUCCGAUUAGUUUUUGAGACUGAUAGCACGGACAUGUUCCAGAUGAAUAAGCUUCUGUCCAAGCAUAUACGUCCUCUGGAGAGUAAAAAUGAUUCGAAACCAGAAGCAAAGAAAUUGAAGCCACAGGGUGAUGAACCAAUUUCUUCAGUUGAAACUGAUGUUAACCAACUUCCCCUUAUGGUUUCUGAUGCGCUUGCUACCUUUUUUGGUACCGGAGAAAGAGAAAUGGUCCAUUCUGAGGCUGUUAAGCGUGUCUGGGAUCACAUUAAAAGCAAUGAUUUAGAGGAUCCAGAGAAUCCUACGGUGAUACUGUGUGACUCGAAGCUUAAACAACUCUUUGGACGUGAAAGUCUUACCGCUCAUGGUGUCUCGGAGUUGCUUUCAGACCACCUUUACACGCAAUCUACCAAUAUCUGACUGGCGAUACGAUUUUCUGGACUCGGCUGGGCUAACAUCCUGGGUAGUAGGCGCUGAUGAAAGGACAAGGGAUCUGCUCAAAUUAAGUGUUGUAUUUGUAUCCUCCAUAUUGGUGAAGACUGAUUUACAGUAGUAAGGGAAAAGGAAAUGGCAGUUGUGUUGCAUACUAUCUAGUCAGACAUAGUAGUCUACGUGACUUGGAAUGAUGCGGCGUUAAACUAAAAAGGACAGCGAGAGCUGAUGUAAAUUCGGCAGCCGUAUACCGUAGGCGCGUGCGUUUUCUGGUAAGACUCUCUUGCAUUGCUAGUGCCCUAAGUUGACUCGAGACAUCUGUACCUCGAAAUGUUGCUGUGUUAGGUGAUACCUAACCUUAAUACAGUUUAGAUCGUUAUCCUUACUCA